AUGUUCGCGCCGCCCGUCAACCGCGCCAUGAAGGUGCUGGACCGCAGCUUCUUCCAGAAAACUGUGCCCGCAUCCGCCGCGAGAAUCUUCAAGCCCCAGGACAUUGCGCGCUGCCGCAAGGAGCUGCAGCUCAGCAAAGACACGCUGCCCAACAACCGCAUACAGCCCGUGCGAACAGAUCCCGAUGCAGAAAGAGCGCAGAAAGGGGGCAAAUGUCUCAUCUUGAAGCCUGAGAUUGUACCCAACGAUCGCACGACAUGGAGCCCUAGGCUGCGCGACCUCGAGCAGGAUGGCACGCUCGGUGUCAUUCCAUACCAGCUGCACCUUGACUACGACUACUUCACCUACUCGGAGAUCACCAGCGCAACGAUCCCCCCACCAGAGAAGAAGAACGACGACGAGAUACCCCAAGGCUUCACGCUCGCCGGUCACGUGGCCCACCUGAACCUGCGCGAGCGCUACUGGCCCUACAAGCACCUCAUCGCGACCGUGCUUGCCGACAAGAACCCCAUGGUGAAGACCGUCAUCAACAAACUCGACAACGUCGGCAGCGAGAACGCCUUCCGCACAUUCCAAUACGAAGUCCUCGUCGGCGAAGACGACCUCAAUGUCGAAGUCCACGAGCAGGGCUGCACGUUCAAAUUUGACUUUGCAAAAGUCUACUGGAACACGCGCCUGCACACCGAGCACGAGCGGUUAUGCGACAUCUUCCAAGAAGGGGAAGCCAUCUGCGACGUCACAGCGGGCGUGGGUCCCUUCGCCGUGCCAGCAGGGAAGAAGCGGUGUUUCGUGUGGGCCAACGAUUUGAACCCCGAGAGCUACAAGAGCCUGGAGAACAACAUCAAGAUCAACAAAGUCGGCCAUUCUGUGCGCGCUUUUAACUCGGAUGGCGCGGAUUUCAUCCGCACUGCGUCGCACGCGCUGCUUACGAGCAAGCACUCAGUCGAUGUAAUGCCCAAAACCAAAUUCUCGCGCUCCAACCCACCAAAGAAGAAGCCCGCGCCCCUCAAAACCCUCACACAACCGCGCAUCUUCAGCCAUUAUGUCAUGAACCUGCCCGCCUCGGGCAUAAACUUCGUCUCCAGCUUCGUCGGCCUGUACGCCAACGUGCCCGGCGUGCCAGUCGAGGAAAUCAAGAAGCUGUUCGAGGGCCGGAAGAUGCCAAUGGUGCAUGUACAUUGCUUCAGCACCAAGAGCGACGACAAUGUCAAGGAGAAGGAGGAGAUUUGUGAAGAGUUGUCCAGACAAAUGGGCUACACUAUCACUCCUGACAUGCCCGAGGUAGACAUUUACGAUGUUAGGGAUGUGGCGCCGAAGAAAAGGAUGUUCUGCGCGACGUUCAGAUUGCCUGAGGAGGUCGCCUUCAGACAGGCCUAA